AUUAUCAUUAAAAUAAAGCCUUUCCUAAUAGGUUAUUACUUCGUUUGUUUGUGUUGAUAACAAUUAGUGUCAUAGUAUUGUUGUAACAUUUCAACCAAGUUCAACAAUUUCUUAGGUUGAGUCUAUCGAGGUAGGCCGAUACUUUACAGAUACUUUCUGUUUACACAUUCCUUUCAUUGACUUACGCAUUUGCUAAUGGGUCGUAGUAACGCAACUCGUGGAGGUACCCGUGGCGGUCAAGGUGAAUUCCAAUGGGAUCAGGUUAAGGGUGAUAAACAAAAGGGAAACUAUUUAGGUCAGUCUAUUUAUGCGGCCAGUGGUCGGUGGGCACAAGGACGUGACUUAGAGUGGUGGUCGAAAGGUAGAACUACCCAAGCAGAAUCAGGUUCCAAUAAUGAAGAUGCUUAUAGAAAAGAGAUACUAGAAAUCAAACACAAAGAGCAGACCAUGAUAGCUGAAGCUCUUGGUCUUCCUCCUCCGCCUCCCCUUGGAUCUGAAAAUAGUUCUCAAAAACCGGAAACAACGACGAAAGAUCAACACAAACAGCGUUCGGAUUCUCACCACCGAAGAAUCUCUCAUAGGAAAGAACAUUCGCAUAGAAGGAGUAGAUCUCGUUCUCCAUCCCCUGGUGCACGAUCUCAUCGGAGAGAAAGACCAAGAGAGGAUGAUUACUAUUCUGGUCGGUAUAAAAGCCGUAGACAGGAGCGCUAUUCUUCAAUACCAGACCACCUUGAUGAAGAAAUAAGCUAUAAUGAUAAUCGAAAUUUUCAUCAUCGACGACGACAGCAUAGUGAUGAAGUCCCUCAACGGGAUUAUAAAAAGGCUUACUUUGAUCGUUCACCUCCGCGUGUCAGACAAAGGGAACACUAAAAUACGAAGUACUUAAAGCUAAUUAUAUUUUUGAAUUUGCAAAGUUAAUGCAUUACUUGUACGAUCAUUCGUUCUUGAAAUAUUUUUAUUAAAAAACAUAAACAGGCAUCAUAAUUCUAUCUCCUUAAUACUUUUCCGACAUAAUAUUCACAAUAACUGUUGUCCAACCAGUAAAAUCUUUAGUUCUCUGGCCAACUCCAGUAACGGAGUCGUACUGCUCCCAGAAGAUGCCGGUACGUUUCCAGUUGUUGAAUACAGUGUUCACAACGUUAAGACGAAGUUCUUCAUAUAUAGACUUAGCCAAUCCUUGACUGGGUCCAGGGACAUGGAUAUAAUUUUGAUAAAGACUGCUCAGAACCAAAUAAUUCAUAUUCAUCCAGACAGGGCCACGCCAGUAGUUUUCGUCCGUUCCAAAGUAAGGAUCAUUCAAACUUAAGCUUCGAAUACCGUAAGGAGACCACAAC